AUGUCACCUAUUCCUAUUAACCCUGGACCCCAAAACGACAACCAAACCCCCAAACGCACCGUCACUGAGUGGAGUCUGACUCCUAGCGACCCUAUGAAAGACGCCGGCCACGCUGAGCUCAGCCUCGUGACCAUCCUUCGUGGGUGCCAGCCUCCCGGAGCCCGCCCCCUGACCUAUGGCCCAAUCUUCUCCAAACGCGCAGGCAGCGGCGACUCCAGGGCCCUUUCUGGGCCCCGCCCCGGGCAGGUCCGGCCCCUCCCGCGACAGGUGAGCUCAGGUAGCCAGAGGUGGAGGCUGGCAGGCCCUAAGGAGAGUGGGGACAGGCGACAAGCACAGGGCUUAGCUAGGUGUGCUUGGGGCGAUGGGCCAGGCCUACGGCCGCUGAUCAUCCUGCCUUGGCAGGUGGAUGAGGAGGUGCUCGGGUGUCAGGAGGCCGUGGCCAGCCUGGCCUUCGCCCUGGCCUUCCUGCAGCGCAUGGACAUGAAGCCGCUGGUGGUCCUCGGGUUGCCUGCCCCCACGGCGCCCUCAGGCUCCCUCUCCUUCUGGGAGGCCAAGGGCCAGCUGGCGCACAGCUGCAAGGUGCUGGUGGACGCCCUUCGGCACAAUGCCGCCACCGCCGUGCCCUUCUUUGGAGGCGGGUCAGUGUUGGGCGCCGCCGAGCCAGCCCCCCAUGCCAGCUAUGGCGGCAUAGUCUCGGUGGAGACAGAUCUGCUGCGGUGGUGCCUGGAGUCCGGCAGUGUGCCCAUCCUGUGCCCCAUCGGGGAGACCGCCGCGCGCCGCUCCGUGCUCCUCGACUCGCUGGAGGUGACCGCGGCGCUGGCCAAGGCGCUGCAGCCCACCAAAAUUAUCUUCCUCAACACCGCGGGCGGCCUGCGCGACAGCAGCCGCAAGGUCCUGAGUAUCGUGAACCUGCCCGCUGACCUGGACCUGGUCACCAACGCUGAGUGGGUGAGCACCAAAGAGCGGCAGCAGAUGCGGCUCAUCGUGGACGUGCUCAGCCGCCUGCCCCACCACUCCUCCGCCGUCAUCACCGCCGCCAGCACGCUGCUCACCGAGCUCUUCAGCAACAAAGGGUCCGGGACGCUAUUCAAGAACGCAGAGCGUAUGCUGAGAGUCCAGAGCCUGGACAGCCUGGACCAGGGUCGACUGGUGAACCUGGUCAACACCAGCUUUGGCAAGAAGCUCCGUGAGGACUACCUGUCCUCCCUGCGCCCACGGCUGCACUCCAUCUAUGUCUCUGAGGGGUACAACGCAGCCGCCAUUCUGACCAUGGAACCCGUACUUGGGGGCACCCCGUACCUGGACAAGUUCGUGGUGGGCUCCAGCCGCCAGGGCCAGGGUUCGGGCCAGAUGCUGUGGGAGUGCCUGCGGCGGGACCUGCAGACUCUUUUCUGGCGCUCCAGGGUCACCAACCCCAUCAAUCCCUGGUACUUCAAGCACAGCGACGGCAGUUUCUCCAACAAGCAGUGGAUCUUCUUCUGGUUUGGCCUGGCCGACAUCCGGGAUUCCUAUGAGCUGGUCAACCAUGCCAAGGGGCUGCCGGACUCCUUCUGCAAGCCAGUUUCUGAUCCGGGCAGCUGACCCUCAGUAUGGGCCUUGCAGGCCCUGGGACAACCAGGGUGGACCAAAAGCCAUGCCUGCCAGGUUUGGCCCAACACAGGCCCCGCCGGGACCAGGCUGGUUGCCUGGGUGGUUUGCCGAAGAGCCCGCAGCUCCCACUUGGCUCUCCUGAGGUGGGGCACUGGCGUGGGAUGAGCACAGAAAGGUGAAGGCCGCCCCAGACCCCCCCUUGCUCCAGAGUCUCAAGCAGGUCUUCCAGCCCCUGCCUUGUGGCAGGGGUGGGGUUUGACAUGGAGGGCUGCCCCUGGAGCUCUUGUCCAAUAGCUUGCCCCCCCACCCCCACCUGUCUGCUAUCCGGCGGCCAGUUUUAGUUCCCUUGCGUCUUGCAACUCUGCAGGAAGCCUUGAUUAAAUGCACCCACGUGUCUGAGUCAGCUCACACUUGAAAGGCCAUUAGGUCUGAGGCUCUGGGAGCAAGACCCUGGGGGCUAGGGUGCAGUCCUAGGGGGACAGGGGAGCUAAGGAAGGUGGAGGCCCCAAGGUUGAGUGCCGCUGCCAUCUCCCUCACCUGGUGUCAGCCCCUCGAGGGGUCCCUCACCCCAUUUCACAACCCAGCUCCCUCCCCCAGCCCAGAAAACAGCAGCUCGCCUCUGACCCACCAGACCCUAGAGGAGAAAAGGUGGCUUUGGCUUAAAAGCUUAGACUUGGCCAUCCCCCAGCCCACUGGACACGGAGCCUCAGUCUCUUCAGGGGGCAGGAGUCCAAAGCCCAGCGGUUUCCUGACAUUGUUUUGAACCCCAACUAGGUGCUAGGUCCCACACUGUUUGCUGGAGUAUUUCGCGUCAGGUGGGUGGGCAAAUGGAGAGACGGGCAGUUUAGACCAUCAGAGCACACUAGCGGCUGACAGCCACAGCCCCAUAGCAGCUGUACUCUAUUCUGGGCCAGGCGUGGCCAUAUGGCAGCCUGACCUGGAGUCCAGUCACAGCUUGCUCUGUGGCUUUAGGCAAGCUGCUUGCCAUCUCUGGGCCUCGUUUCCUCUCCUGUGAAACCUCGGCUUCGCAGUCGGGACUGAACGUCCGUCCUCUUCCUCCAGUUGCCUCUGGUUUCACCAAAGAGCUGCACCUGGAGCCUAAACACCAGCUCCGGCCAGAGGGACUGGGGGUGGACUCCCAACCUCACUGUAGGAAGGUCUGAGAGAUUCUCCAGACAAGAGUCAGAGGCUGUGGGAACACCAGGACCAGGCUGGGUCCUUCAAGAAUCCAGGAGCAACCACAGCCAGCAGCCUGGUGCUCCAUGGGGAGCCCAGAGAUAGAGCCAGAUGUGAUUAUAAAAAUGUUUAUUUUUGGA